AUGAGGGCCGGGUUUCCGAAGAGUGGCAGGUCUGCUAGAAGGAGUUCGCAUGUGUUGAACUUGCUCCGUCCACGAUGCGCUCGAAACCUUGCGACAAUAUCACCCACCAAAUCCUCCCACGACUACCAGCCAGACAUCGCAUCGCGGACUCCUCCAUAUCCCAAGCUUUUAAGGAAACUUCAUGAAGUGCGACGUGUUCUAGGGCCCGAGAGGCAGCUGACCUUGGCGGAAAAAAUCCUCUAUUCUCAUUUAGACAAUGUGGAAGAAUCGUUACUUUCCAAUACCGACAAUGGGCUCAAUAUUCGAGGAAAUGCAAAUCUCAAGCUUAAACCAGACCGGGUGGCGAUGCAGGAUGCGUCUGCGCAAAUGGCGUUGUUGCAGUUUAUGACAUGCAAUCUACCAUCGACGGCUGUUCCUGCUAGUAUUCACUGUGACCAUAUGAUUGUAGGGGAGAAGGGUGCGGAUGUCGAUCUUCCCGAAUCGAUCAAGGGAAAUAAAGAGGUGUUCGAUUUCUUGGAGUCUGCUGCGAAGAAGUAUGGCAUCGAAUUUUGGCCACCAGGAGCAGGAAUCAUUCAUCAAACAGUGCUGGAAAAUUACUCGGCUCCAGGUUUAAUGAUGCUGGGAACGGACAGCCAUACCCCUAAUGCUGGGGGACUUGGAGCUAUCGCCAUCGGCGUUGGUGGUGCGGAUGCAGUUGAUGCUCUGGUCGAUGCACCAUGGGAAUUGAAAGCCCCCAAAGUCCUUGGAGUUCGGCUCGAAGGCGAAUUGAGUGGCUGGGCCUCUCCCAAGGACGUUAUUCUUCAUCUUGCUGGACGUUUGACUGUACGUGGUGGCACUGGAUUCAUUAUUGAGUAUCAUGGCCCUGGCGUUGACACACUGAGCUGUACUGGAAUGGCUACGAUAUGUAAUAUGGGAGCGGAAGUUGGGGCUACGACGUCUCUUUUCCCAUUCUCUACACGGCACAUUCCAUAUCUUGAAGCUACAAACCGUUCAGCCAUAGCGCUGCAGGCCCAGACAAUAGCGUCCAUCGAAUCAUUGCGCAACUUGCUUUGCGCUGAUGAAAACGCCCGAUAUGAUGAGGUUAUCACAAUCGAUCUGUCGAAGCUCGAACCCCAUAUCAAUGGACCAAACACACCUGAUCUUUCGACGCCACUAUCCAAAUUUGCCGAAGCCGUAAAAACCAACAAUUGGCCGACCACGCUUUCAGCAGGACUGAUUGGUAGCUGUACAAAUAGUUCUUAUCAAGAUAUGUCUCGCGCUGAAGAUCUCGUCAAGCAAGCUGCUGCUGCGGGUCUUUCUCCCUCAAAUGACUUCUUCGUCACACCUGGCAGCGAACAGAUCAGAGCCACUCUGGAAAAAGACGAAACUCUCAAGACGUUUGAAGACGCUGGAGGUGUUGUUCUUGCAAAUGCGUGUGGUCCUUGUAUAGGACAGUGGACCAGAACGGAUGGCGUCAAGAAAGGAGAUGACAAUGCAAUCUUCACAUCAUACAACCGCAACUUCAGAGGCCGCAAUGACGGUAACCCCAACACUAUGAAUUUUCUUGCAAGUCCCGAGUUAGUGACAGCUAUGUCCUACGCUGGAACUACCACCUUCAACCCCCUCACGGACAGCCUCACUACUCCUCAUGGUGAAACUUUCCGCUUCAAUCCUCCAUCCGGCGCAGAACUACCAGCCUCCGGCUUCGAAAUUGGAAACCCUGAUUUCCUCCCCACGUCAGGCGCUCCCUCCCCUUCCACACCGGUCAUUGUUUCCCCGACCUCUGAUCGUCUCGCCCUUCUAGACCCAUUUGCUCCGUUCCCAGAGUCAGACUUGAAAGGCCUUCGAGUUCUAUACAAAGUCACCGGGAAAUGCACCACAGACACAAUUUCUGCUGCCGGACCAUGGCUGAAGUACAAAGGCCAUCUCCCAAACAUAUCCGCCAAUACGCUCAUCACCGCAGUCAACGCUGCUACAGGCGAAGUGAAUGUGGCUUACGACGUCGAUGGAUCUACUUCCUCCAUUCCGGAACUAGCGCAGCGAUGGAAAGACAAAGGUCUCGAAUGGCUGGUAGUAGCAGAACACAACUACGGAGAAGGUUCUGCUCGUGAACAUGCUGCUCUCCAACCUCGUUAUCUCGGUGGUCGUGUCAUUCUUACAAAAUCCUUUGCAAGAAUCCACGAGACGAACCUUAAGAAGCAGGGAGUGGUACCCUUGACCUUUGCCAACGAAUCGGACUAUGAUCUUGUCGACGCUUGUGAUCACGUCGAUACUGUCGGAUUAUAUGAUGUUCUCACAUCUGGUGGAAAAGGCAAUGUGGUUCUCAAAGUCACGAAGAAGAGUGGUGAGGUCUUGGAAAUUAAGACUAAACAUACCAUGAGCGAAGACCAGUGCCGUUUCAUUCUUGCCGGUAGCGCUUUGAAUGUACUUGCUAAGAUGGCGAAGAAAUGA